CUGCGCAGUGGAGCUCGUGCUGGGCGUCCGGCGCUCCCGGCCGGGUUCGAGCGGCGCGCGGCGGUUCCAUGGCUGACCCCCGCGCGGAGUCGGAGCCCCUUCUGAGCCGGGCCCGGGGCGACGGCGGCCGCGACUGCCCGGCGGGCUCAGCCUCUUGCCGCCCCGGUGCUGCGUCUUGGCGGGACCUCUGCUUUGACCAGGCUGCUGUCUUCAUCGAAGAUGCGAUCCAGUAUCGCUCCAUUAACCACCGCAUGGAUGUCAGGUCGAUGUGGCUUUACCGGUUGUAUUACUCGAACGCGUGCCAAUGGAUAUUGAGCUUCACCAUUUUCUUGAUCCUGUUUUUGGCCUUUAUCGAGAGCCCUUCCUCCCUCACUAGCACCGCGGACGUCCGCUACCGCUCGGCCCCCUGGGAUCCACCCUGCGGCCUGACCGAGGGCGUCGAGGUGCUCUGCCUGCUGGUCUUUGUGGCCGACGUCUCUGUGAAGAGCUACCUGGUUGGGUGGGCCCAGUUCCGGACGAACCCCUGGCUGCUGGCCUACCUCGUGGUGCUGGUCGUGUCUCUCACGGACUGGAUCGUGUCGCUGAGUCUGCUUUGCCAGGAGCGGCUGCGGGUCCGCAGGCUCCUGCGGCCGUUCUUCCUGAUGCAGAACUCGUCCAUGAUGAAGAAGACGCUCAAGUGUAUCCGGUCGUCGCUGCCGGAGAUGGCCAGUGUCCUGCUGCUGCUGGCGCUGCACCUGUGUGUCUUCACCAUGUCCGGGAUGCUGCUCUUCACAGGCGAGAAGCAGGGCGAUGGGCAGGACCGGGAGAGGCUGAUCUACUUUCGCAACCUGCCGGAGGCUCUGACCUCCCUCCUGGUGCUGCUGACCACGGCCAACAACCCCGACGUUAUGAUUCCUGCAUAUUCCAAGAACCGGGCCUAUGCCAUCUUUUUCAUAGUCUUCACCCUGAUAGGGAGCUUGUUUCUGAUGAACCUGCUGACGGCCAUCAUCUACAAUCAGUUCCGGGGCUACCUCAUGGUGAGCCGGGCUGCUGUCCCUGCGGCUCCGGGAGGAGCGGCCCCCGGAGGCCAGGCGGGCCACGACCAGCGGGGCGGCCCCGCGAAGUCCUUCCAGACCUCGCUGUUCCGGAGGCGGCUGGGAGCACGGGCCGCCUACGAGGUGCUCUCCUCUGUGACAGCAGAGGGAGAAGCCCACCCCCGAGAAGUCGGGGUGCGGCCCCGGGACUUCCUGCAGGUGCUUCAGCGAGUCCAGCUGGACGGCUCCCACACACAGGCCGUCAUGGAGAAGGUGCGCUCCUACGGUGGCGACCUGCUGUCAGCCGGCGAGUUUCAGAAACUCUUUAAUGAGUUCGACAAAAGAGUGAUUAAAGAGCCCCCGCCGCGGCCCGAGUACCCGUCUCCCUUCCUGCGGAGGGCCCAGAUCGCCUUCAGCCACCGCUACUUUGACUACCUGGGGAACUUCAUCGCCCUUGGGAACCUCGUGUCCAUUUCUGUGUUCCUGGUGAUAGAUGCAGACGUGCUUCCCGAGGACCGAGACGACUUCGUCCUGGGGAUUCUCAACUGCGCCUUCAUCCUUUACUACGUGCUGGAGUUGCUGCUGAAGGUGUUCGCGCUGGGCCUGCCGGGCUACCUGGCCCACUCCAGCAACGUGUUCGACGGCCUGCUCACCGCCGUCCUGCUGGUUUUGGAGAUCUCAACUCUGGCUGUGUACCGAUUCCCACACCCGGGCUGGAAGCCAGAGACGCUGGGCCUGCUGUCACUGUGGGACAUGGCCCGGCUGGUGAACUCACUCAUUGUGGUCCGGUUCCUGCGCAUCAUCCCGAGCCUGAAGCUAAUGGCUGUGGUGGCCAGUACCAUCCUGGACCUGAUCAGAAACAUGCGGGCUUUUGGCGGGAUCCUGGUGGUGGUGUACUACGUCUUCGCCAUCCUGGGCAUCAGCCUGUUCCGCGGCGUCAUCGUGGCUCCUGGAAACGGCAGCCUGAGCCCUGACAACAGCUCGGCACCCUGCGGAAGCUUUGAGCAGCUGGAGUACUGGCCCAACAAUUUCGAUGACUUUGCGGCUGCCCUCAUCACUCUGUGGAACGUGAUGGUGGUGAACAACUGGCAGGUGUUCCUGGAUGCCUAUCGGCGCUACUCGGGCCCGUGGUCGAAGAUCUACUUUGUGUUGUGGUGGCUGGUGUCGUCUGUUGUCUGGGUCAACCUGUUUUUGGCUCUGAUCCUGGAGAAUUUUCUUCACAAGUGGGACCGCCGCAGUCACCUGCAGUCCCUUGCUGGGGACCCGGACAGCACCUACCAGACGAGUGCAGAGCUCUUGUUCAGGAGCAAGGCGGCCCACCAUUCCGGAGCUGCCCGAGUCCGCCCUCUCCAGAGCUCCCUGCACGUCUUCUCCCCGAUUCCCCAGGGAGGUCCUGGAGGAGCCGACCGAGGACGAGCUCAUGGAGAAGCUGAGCCACCAUCCGCACCUGCGGCUGUGCAGGUGAUGUCCAGGGCCUGGUGGUGUCUGUGUGCGGCUGAUGCUCAGUGAGUAUCUGUGAGGGGAAGAAUCUGGAUCUCUUGCUGCCGUCGAAUGCCGGGAAGAACAGACGGCGUCUUACCUCCGACACUAGCAUUGUCUAGGCAUAUGCGCUGCGGGGCUGGGAUCUGUCAGGUGUGGACGCAAAGUGGGAUGAGAGCGGAAAAGGCUGAGGGCCAGGAGCAGGAGGAAGCGGCUGCACGUAUGCCUGAGGAGGACCCACACCCGCCCUAGGCCUGCGAGGAGCUCCCCGGUGGCCUUGGGGAAAAGGGGAACAGGUUUCUGCCGGAGGCGGCGGCGGGUGGCUGGUUAGUGCGAGGCCCAGUGGGGGUGGAGGCAUGUUGGGUGGGGCUGGGGCCCGCGGCCUCGCUGUCCUCGGCUUGUUUCCAGGUCUUCGUGGGGGGCCCACGACGGGAAGGUUGUGAAAGCCGUGAACACGUAAAGGGAUUCUCAAGAGACCAAAGCAGUGAUGAUAAUUAAGAUGAAGAACCGCGAUUUGGGCAGCGGCUUCCCAUGUGCUUUUCUGAGCCCUUCAUGAGGCAGGUGUGGGCUUGUUUCGUCCCAUGGAGUCACGGGCUAGGGCGGCACUGACAGACGGGUAAACCGAGGCACGGAGUACAAAGAGGCGGAGGCCCCCUGGUUGUUCACGGCACUGCCUCCCCCUGGCCCGGCCUCUACCUUACCUCCUCCAUCCCUCCGCACAUCACGCCGCGCGUGCCCGAGACAAAAGUCUGUGAUGUUUGUAGAGACACGCGUGCGGCGUCAGACGGUCCUUUCCUGCACGCAGGAGGGUCCCGACAGUCCCCACGGGGUGCGGGAAAUGACAGGCAUGACCAGGGGCGCUUUGGGGGGCAGGCUGGGCUCCUUGUGACUUCCUCCCACUUAGCCACCAUCCGGAGAGGCUCCCGGCACCCGGUCUGGGCCCCGCCUGCCGUGCGCCGUGACCUUGAUGUGCAGUUAGCCUUCCUGAGCACUCGCUCCCUCGACUGGAAAGGAGGUGGGGGCUGCGGACUGGAAUAAUGACGCUGAAGGAGCCGGUGUGCUGACCCCGGUGGGUUUUCGAACUUCAGACCUCCGCGCUCCUUGUAAGUGGGGAAACUGAGGCACAAGGUGUUUUUUUUUUUUUUCUUUUAGGAGCCUGUGCCCACAGGUGGCCAGGCGGAGUGUGUGCCCAAGGCUGUCAUGAAGGCAGAUUCGCUCAGCCCUGAGCAGCCUGUGACAGGGCCUGUGCCUGCCCACGGGUAUGACACUUGCUGCUGGACCCCGGACAGGCCCGCACACAUCUCCAUCGCAGUGGCCUCUCAGCCCCCCACGUGGCCCGCCUCUGGCCCUGGGAAGCCUGCGGUGGUCCUUGCCUCAUCGACUAGAGGCUGGGGUUGCUGUCCUGCUGCACUGGCCUCCAUCACUGUCCCCAGCGGCCCUCGAGGUGACCCCGAGCCCAGCACAUCAUGUUGGCAGCUGGGGGGCGCACCAUGGUGGCAAAAGCCGUGCCCCUUCCCCUCUGGGCACUUUCGGUCUCCUGCGAGCGAUAGGGCUUCCGAGACGGGGCUGGUGUGUAUCCGUUUCCUUGGUCACUUCCGUUCCCGUCGGCAGAGCUCCAUCUCGGGUCGUCUUGCCGCCCGCGUUCAGGUGGAAGGUUCCUGAUAGCGCCCCCCGUGCUGGGUUUGCCUAGAAGCAAAGCCAGCAAUGCCCCAACCCGUUUCUCUGUCCUCUCGAUGGCUCUGAGGUGGGCGGCUUGUCCCUUUGACCGUGUUGCAGUCGGACCCUCCUACACUGACUUCUCCCCUGAGAAGGGUGUUUAAGGGAAGGACAGGACGUCUACCGGGCGUCCCCCAGGCCCAGGCAGGAAGUGGAUUAUGGAGAAAGUCGGCACGAGCAGCUUUAGAAUAAACCGGAAAGUUCCUGAUUGGACAGACA